AUAAUACAAGUGGUGUACACCAAGCCAUGAGCAGGUCUGUGUCAAUCAUUCUGUGGAAAAGCUACAAACUAUAUGAAACAAAAUGAUACAACGCUGGUUGCUGUUCGUGGUUGUAGUAGGAUUCAUAUCGGCUUCAUCAGCACAAAGUAGACUUGAUAAAUGCAAACCGAAAGACAGAGAUUCCUACCCACGAAAGAAUGAAACACAAUGUCAGCUCCAGCAGCCAGCCUGCGGACUUUGUGGAUGUCUCAUCAAUGUGACACUCAUAGCCAAGAACAUUCUCCAGCCGCCUUUCUUUCAGAUCUCUGCCAACAUCUACAACGAACCAAUGAGGGCACUUCUGUCUUUCCUACAAAAAGCUGCUGAUCUAGUUAAUGGGUUUAAAUUCAGAUCAACGUACUUCGCAGGCCUGGGCUACUUUAUAGACAGUAUUAAUGGCCUAGAAGGUUCGAUACCUAACCAAACUUUUUGGCAUUUUAGCAGCGACGGUGUAGCGUUACAGUGUGGAGCCUCAAGCUACGUGCCAAGAAAUGGGGAGACAAUCUUGUUUAACUUUACAACUUAUCAAGAUGCCGGAUUUGCAAAUUAAAAGAAAUAAAACUUAUUUUUGUGGAGAAUUUGUUUUAAAUUGUCGUAUAUUGUAGUCAAAUGUUUAAAAUGAAUAAAAAUUUCUUCAGUU